AUGAGGGAGCUGCCGCUUGUUAUGAAAAAGCUCAAACGUCUAAGCUUUGCUAAAUCAUCAACUUCAAGGGAUGGCUUUGGCAUUGGCAUUGUGUGGGGCCUUGACUGUUUAUUUGGAAUUAGAAAGAGUCAUCCUGACCCCUGGGGCCCAAUUGGUUGUAGUGGAAGUGGUAGCUCUGAUGACGAAAUUGAACCAGGAAGUGAUAGCUCUGAUGACAACCAUGAACCUGGAAUUGGUAGCUCUGAUGACGACAAUGAACCAGGAAGUGAUAGCUCUGAUGACAACCAUGAACCUGGAAUUGGUAGCUCUGAUGACGACAAUGAACCAGGAAGUGAUAGCUCUGAUGACAACCAUGAACCUGGAAUUGGUAGCUCUGAUGACGACAAUGAACCAGGAAGUGAUAGCUCUGAUGACAACCAUGAACCUGGAAUUGGUAGCUCUGAUGACGACAAUGAACCAGGAAGUGAUAGCUCUGAUGACAACCAUGAACCUGGAAUUGGUAGCUCUGAUGACGACAAUGAACCAGGAAGUGAUAGCUCUGAUGACAACCAUGAACCUGGAAUUGGUAGCUCUGAUGACGACAAUGAACCAGGAAGUGAUAGCUCUGAUGACAACCAUGAACCUGGAAUUGGUAGCUCUGAUGACGACAAUGAACCAGGAAGUGAUAGCUCUGAUGACAACCAUGAACCUGGAAUUGGUAGCUCUGAUGACGACAAUGAACCAGGAAGUGAUAGCUCUGAUGACAACGAUGAACCAAUCAGCAAAAGAUUCAAGAAAGUCUAA